AUGUCAAGCACAACAAAUGAGGGCAGCAACGUGCCAUACAUACCUCGUCUUGUUGAAGAAGUAGCAGAUUUCAUAAUUGAAGACCAUACAAAAAGAAAAAAGAAGUUGGAGAAAAUCCAAACAGUAAUAUCUUAUCACAGAGUCAACACAAUAGAUCAAGGGCAAAUUUACAAGGACAAGAACACAAUCAAAUCAGCUCUUAGUUACUAUGCCAUGAUGCAUAACUUCCAGUUCAAAACUGAUAGAUCAGAACCGAGAGAGUACCUAGUUUCUUGCACAGAUGACACAUGUAGUUGGUUUGUGAGAGCAUCUAAGUACAGAGACCAAGAUUUAUUCAAGGUACGAAAAUGCAUUUCAAAUCACAUUUGCUCUGUUGAAAUUGUUAUGGAGGACCAUAGGCAAGCAAAAAACAUCGUAAUUGGUGAAUUAAUAAAGAACAAGUACAAGUCAAUCAAAAGAAAUUACACUCCAAAUGACACCAUGAAUAACAUAAAUGAUGACUUUGGAGUAACCAUGGGAAACACAAAAGCAUGGAGAUCAAGAAAGAAAGCUUUGCGCCUAGUAAGAGGGAACCCCGAUGAUUUAUAUCAAAAGUUGCAAAUGUAUCUUCACAUGUUGAAGCAAGCAAAUCCAGGAACAAUAACACACCUACUCACAGACAAGGAAGAUAGAUUAAAAUACCUAUACAUAGUUUUCUCUAACUCAAUCAAGGGCUGGAGAUACUUGAGGUCUAUAAUUGCUGUUGAUGGAACUUUCUUGAAAAAUGCACAUGGCGGUUCCCUAUUUUCAGCAUCAACGUUAGAUUCAAACAACAACAUUUUUGUCUUGGCUUUUGGAAUAGCAAACUCUGAAAAUGAUAACUCAUGGCUUUGGUUCUUCUCCAAACUGAGAGACACCUAUGGAGAACAUAAAGGCAUGAUAGCUUCAAAUUAUAUAUUCUUUUUUACAUAG